AUGCACAACCACCCAUCACCCUGGCGCCCUGUCUUCACCUCUCCAUUUACGCAACCACAGGCAAAGACAUCCACGUUAACUUUGACGAAGCCCAGACGCCGCGGAAAGAAGAUCGUGCCACUCCGCAAUAUCAGAAGAAUAAGAUCAGAAGACAUCAUCCACCACAGCAUGGCUUCCUCCUCCUCCCAGCCUCAAGAGGCAGGCCAACAAAAGACUCUCACCACCAAAGCCUCCAAUGAAUCCCUCGCCACCGCCUCGACGGUAAUCCCCGACAGCGAGGUCACCACAACGGGAAAGCAACCACAGGCACCGACUCGGUACCUCUACUAUGAGAAAGUGGGGGAGCCAGACCCGAACUAUGUCCCCAAGCCGCCCUCAAAACUGGCCAAGUUCAUGGCCAAAUUCCAGAGCCCGAUGGUGAAAGCGACAGAGGCCAAGAGACAGGCCGAGAUUGACGAGGAGAAGAGAACGGGCAUCAAGGUUUAUACUCCGGCUGGGGCGCCGAUGGGGAGUGGGCAGCACAUUGGGAAUGCGUUGAGUUAA